CGAGGGGCGGCUGAACGGGAGCGGGAGCACGGGCUGCCCCGCGCCUGCGCUGGGGCGGGGGUCCGUGGGGCGGCUGCACCUGCGGCCACCGCGAGGCGGGGCGGGGCGGAAGAAGGAGAUGCUGAGGCGGGCGGAGCGGCGGGGAUAGCCCUCGGGGUGGUGCUGGUGGUGGCAGCCCCGCUCGGAAGCAGCAGGCGUCCUCCUCUGCGAGCCCAGCCCCGUGAGCCGGUGUCUGCGGUGAGGGCCGCCCCGGGCUGUCUCUGCAUCCCCAGUCCAGGGCAGCAGGGAUGGAGGAGGCGGGAGCGUGCGCCGCGGUGCCCAGAGGCGACAGCGACGGGAUGAAUGGCAGGAAGGUGGCUCUCAUCACCGGCAUCACCGGGCAGUUUAUUAUCUGGGAAGCAUUUUUGGGGUCUGAUCCGAAAUUGCUUCUGAAGUCUGUGUUCCUCUCCAUCGUAUGCAAGGAUGGAUCAUACUUGGCAGAGUUCCUGCUGGAAAAAGGCUAUGAGGUGCAUGGCAUUGUUCGUCGGUCUAGUUCUUUUAAUACAGGCCGGAUUGAACAUCUCUAUAAGAACCCACAGGCUCACAUUGAAGGAAACAUGAAGCUGCACUACGGUGAUCUGACAGACAGCACCUGCCUCGUGAAGAUCAUUAAUGAAGUCAAACCCACUGAGAUAUACAACUUGGGAGCUCAGAGCCAUGUCAAGAUUUCUUUUGACCUAGCGGAAUAUACUGCUGAUGUUGAUGGGGUCGGCACUCUGCGGCUCCUAGAUGCCAUUAAGACCUGUGGCCUUAUCAACUCUGUGAAGUUCUACCAAGCCUCCACCAGUGAACUUUUUGGAAAAGUGCAAGAAAUCCCGCAAAAGGAGACCACCCCUUUUUACCCAAGAUCGCCUUAUGGGGCAGCAAAACUGUAUGCCUACUGGAUUGUGGUGAACUUCAGAGAGGCCUACAAUCUUUUUGCUGUGAACGGCAUCCUCUUCAAUCAUGAAAGCCCCAGGAGAGGGGCUAACUUUGUUACUCGAAAAAUUAGCCGAUCGGUAGCAAAGAUUCAUCUGGGACAGCUGGAUUGUUUCAGCCUGGGCAAUCUGGAUGCUAAGCGAGACUGGGGACAUGCCAGAGAUUACGUUGAGGCCAUGUGGCUGAUGUUGCAAACAGAUGAGCCUGAGGACUUUGUCAUAGCCACUGGGGAAGUCCAUAGUGUCCGAGAAUUUGUGGAGAAGUCAUUUAAGCACAUUGGGAAAACUAUUGUGUGGGAAGGGAAGAAUGAAAAUGAAGUAGGGCGAUGCAAAGAGACUGGCAAGAUUCACGUGACAGUCAAUCACAAGUACUACAGGCCAACUGAAGUGGAUUUUCUCCAAGGGGACAGUACCAGAGCCAGACAAAAGCUGAACUGGAAGCCAAGAGUCACUUUUGAUGAGCUGGUGAGGGAGAUGGUGGACGCUGAUGUGGAGCUCAUGAGGAACAACCCCAACGCCUGAGCCCUGGGUGGGUCUGGCAAGCACCACAGACCAGUGCCAGGGGUGCACCCGACGGCCAAGCACUGCCAUGGGCCACCAGGGUCAGGGUGCAUGGCUGCCCCUCCCUGUGAUGGUUUUAUUGCUGGCCUGCCUGUGUGUGAAAGCCCGGAUCUAUGCCCCCCUCCACUCUCCACACCGUCUCGGUGCUUCUCACCCCACGCAUCAUCCUAGCAGGGCAGGGCAGCCCUGGCUGAGCUAACUCUGGCUGCUGCCGUUAACUGGAGAGGGGUCGUGCCCCACUCACAAUGCUCUACCUGAAGUACUGAUAGGCCAGCAAGCUGACUGAUUUCCUUUUUUAAUUAAAACUCGUCUUUAUAUUAGCCAGGAACUCCAGCACAUUUUUACAACUUUCUCCCAUUUUAAAACCAAAAGCACCCCCUGUCCUCCUCCCCCCAACCUCCCCUCUUCUCCAGCAACACCACCACCAAACCUCUGGCACUAAUGUGGGCUUGCCACCCCUCCAGCCCUUACUCCACGGCUUCCCUUCUUCUGCCUUUCCUGAACACUCCUUGUUUUUCUUUCCUGCAGACUUACGUCUACCCCAGCAGGCAAUUUCCACCACUUGAACUCUAAAACUUUGGAUAACUUGAUAUAACUUGCAGUGAAAUCGCCUUUUGACCAUGCCAAAUUAAUUCCUAAUUGCUGGAAUCAUUUUCAAACUAGUCAGAGAGGGCUCGCAAGUGGUUUUCAGAUCUUUGUUUCAGAGUGUGCUUGAGUCACAGAAAGUGUUUUUGUCAUGCGCCCUCUCCAUCUGAGAGUUUACGGUAUUUUGGCUCUUGCCCCCCCUCCUCGAAUCAACCCAUUCCCCUUCCAUCCUCUUCCUGCCUGCUAUGAUUAGACCUCGGACGGGAGCUUGAACCGUCUCAAAAGAUGACUUAAGAAAUCAAAACAAAAUAAAUAAAUAAAAGAGCUUUAAAAAAAUAGAAAUGUGAAAGUGAGUAAAUAUUUUUGCAGGUUCCAUGCCAAGGUACCCAGGUUAUCCAGAGGUCGUGGAGCCCAUACAUUUCCCGUUGGUUUAGGAUCUUCCGCCCACCAAUUACUUCCAUCAUUAUAGCUUUAUGCCUCGAAAUGAGAUAUGCAGGGGGGGAUACACGAGGAGAUUCACCUCCUCUGAGGGCACUUCUUGCUUUUUUGAUUUUUUAUUGGGGAACACCCCUCUUAAAAGGGGAGGGAUGGGGUCAGGGAUCAGAGCGUGGAGCUGGACGCAGCAGCUCCAGCUUGCGCUCGGGAGCGGUUUCAUGAUGGAAGUGGUGUGGGAGGGCAGGAUGGGAUUCGGGAGCAGCCUGCAAGGAACCGAGCUGCCUGAGAGAGAGGGCUCUUUGUGCGCCUGGCAUGAAAGGGCAGGCGUUUGCCAGAGGUGCUGUGGAACGCUGGAGCAGCCGCUUCCUUCAAGGCCGUCCCCGCAAGAGCGAGGAGAAGUGCGGCCACAGCAGCACGGGGGGAAAGAAACCGGCCAGUGCUUGGGAUCCCUUGCCACAGGUGCACGGAGAAUGGGCCCUUACUAAGGGCUUUCUAAGUCACCUACUAAGGACUGUGGUAGAUUUUCCAUGUUUAUUGCGAUUGUUGUUCAGCCACAGCUAUUGGACUUCAAGUAUGAAUUAGUACAGUCUUACAGCCCACGUUGUUUUAGAUGUCAGACAAAGUUAUCUCAGUAAGUAGCAUCCAAGCAUUGGUGUAGGAUGGGGAAGUUUAUUUCUGCAUCCUAACACAACAGCCACAGGCACUAACGUGGCUGCUGCUGACGUUAGAGAAAGGGAAGACGUGUAAGAGUUUGAGUCUCCAGGCCAUCAGCUCAAACGUCUCUUGGAGCAGUGACCCACGUGUGCGAGUCUGUCUGGCCCCCACGAACAGCCCCCAUGGCGCAUCCGGCACAAACCAACACCGAGUGGGGCAUGGACGCCCCAUCUGUGGGGAGGUUUGGAGCUCACACACACGCUGCCUGUUGCCCCCCCAUGCAUACACAUCCAUGUGUGGGUUAUGUUUAUACAAAGUUUUUAUGGAGAGUUUUCCCUCCAGUUCGGGUACGACUCCGUGGCUGCGCCUAUUUUUUAUUUUUUGAGAGUAAAAUAACAAUAAAACCCCUCCUCAUGGGUGUGUGUCCUCCGCGUUAGCUCUGCGUGUCCCUGCACUUUUCGCCCCACUGCACAACCCCGACAGCACAAGCUCGGCCCCCACUACCGCCGGCACCCACUCGUGCUUGGCAGCACGGCUGUGUCUGUGAUCUGGGAGCAGCCACCACACAGCCCCACAGCUGAGGGGGUCCUGCCUUUGCCCACGGGUGGCGGAGGGCAGGGGGACAGCUCUGCAUGUAGGCUGCACCGAGGGCUAUCCCCCUUGCAGCACCUGGGACAGGCGGUCACCAGCUGCGGGUGGCAGAUCUUUGGGUGGGACACACAGUGAACGAAACAGUAUUAAGCGCUUUUAUGACAAGGUAUUUUUGUAUUGCUGGGAACUAUUUUUUGCUUACGGUGAUUCACCAGGAGUCUUGCUGGUGCAUCUGAAUAUUAGUUCACACAUCUCUGCAGAGGGCUGGGAACCUUUACAUAAGCUGCCAGUUUUCCUUCGACUUCAGGGUUUGAGUUUUUUUUCCUUUGGCAUCUCUAACUGGCGCAUUCACGAGAAGCAUUUUUGUCCUCCGUUUUCGGUCUCUCUGGCAGGGGGGCGAGCGGGGAAGGGGAUGGGAAGGCAAAAUUUGGUUCUAUACCAAUGGUCCUUCCGCGGUGACCUUGUGUUUUCUUCCUGCUUUUGUAAAAACACCAAAAAUUGCUAUUGGUCCUGACAGGCCAAAACAUGCAUCCCAGCACUGUCCCGCUGCUUCUUACAAUUUGGCAAAGGUCCGAACUGCUUUUUGGUUUCUCCACCACCACCUUCCUGCCCAAUUUUGGAUUCCUCCUGAAGUACCGCUUUUUGCAAUGACGACGGGAUCGCUUCUUGAAAAUGAAAUAAAAUUUAAAAACAAAAACAAAAAAAGAAAACAACAGGCGGUGAUUGAGGAAAAUUAUAUCUAAUGUAGCUAAUACACCAGAUUAACGUUCUCUACAUCGGCUGAGUGUGUAUGUCAAGCGUUUUGUGCAUGGAAGUAGGGAAAGAGACAUCCCCGCCCCUCUGCCCGUCUCACGUCUUAUUCGGGAUCAAUACAGCUUCGCUAAUUUUAAAGGGCAGUGCCGGCAGUGAAUAACCAGCGUGCCCCCAGUCUCCCGUGCCUUUCGCGAGGGUCCCACCGGCAGCAGCGAAGAAAAAAAAAAGCAAAUGGAAAGCGGAUUUUUGCUGUUGCUCCCCGGAGCGGCCGAGAAAGGCUGAUCCGGGCUGCGGAGCGGCAGCGCUGCCAGGGGAAGGCUCUCUGCUGGCCGGGGCCGGGAAGGGGAGCACGAACGCCCCCGGGCAGCCGGUCCCACCGCGCCGUGGGGAGCGGAGAGGUCACCGCUGCUGCGGGGAGAAGCGGGACAGCAGCGGCAGCGCAGGGUGCCGGGGGCCGCCCGGCCGUGCGCCCCGUCGGGAGGAGAGGGGUCAGGCGAGCAGAGAGAGAGAAGAGCGGGUCCAGCUCCUGCUCGGCGGGUUGCGGAGGGCUGGAGCCCGCUCGGGAGAGCCGGCCUGACCCUGCCUGCGGCUCCCUGCUCCGGAAUCACGAGCAGCGAAGGCGAGGGCUCGCUCCCCUGCGCCCGCCGCCCGUCAGCGCCGCCGCCCCACAUCUCGCAGCCGUAACUCGGCCCUUCGCCUCCGCCGAGCGGGCCGCUGCCCUUCCUGUUUUGCCAAAGGUAAAACUGCCACGAAAGCCUAUUUUUUAAAUUUUAUUUUUAAUCGUUUUGUUUUGUCCCUCUCCUGAAGCCUUUCAGGGCCGCUUGGGACCGCCGGCCACUCGUGGGCUGCGAAAUGCCCCGCAGGCAGCAAGGAGCGCUGGAAAGGCUGGCGGUGGGGCGGCCCCCCGGAGCCCCCAGCCCCUGCCACCCCUGCGCUGCCCCCCGCCCGGCACCGGCAGGGAAAGCCGGCGAGACAAAGCGACGGGGGCUUCCUCGGGGUCGCGGAGCCAAGCCGCCAGCGCCAGCUAAAAAUAACACCUCCUACUCGCGGAGUCAGCCUGGAGGGUGAAAGGGGCGCACGGAGCCGCUACUCGGGCGCGCCGGGAAUGGGUAGGUGUGGGAAACCCUGCUCCGCGGGCAGCACUCGUUGCUCA